GCGAGGGCCCCUUCCCCGGCCCGGAUGUCGACCUCGGUCCGGGCUUCAACCCCAGGCAGGACCUCGACUUCGGCCCGGACCCCGAAAGCCGUCCAGAUCCUGACCCGCACCCGGACCCCGACUCCCGUCCCCACCCGGGCCUGGACCCCGACUCCCGUCCAGGCCCCGAUCUCGGCCUGGACCCCGACUCCCGUCCGGGCCCCAGCCUCAGCCUGGGCCCCCACUCCCGUCCAGACCCCGGCGCGAACCCUGGCUCCCGUCCCGACCCUGGCCCGGACCCCGACUCGCAUCCAGACCCUGACCUCCGCCCGGACCCCGACUCCUGCCCAGACCCGGGCCUCAGCUCGGACCCCCACUCCCGUCCAGACUCCGGCCUGGACCCCCACUCCUGUCCAGACCCCAGCCUCGGCCUGGACCCACACUCCCAUCCAGACCCCGGCCCGAGCCCCGGCUCCCGUCCGGACCCUGGCCCGGACCCCGACUCCUGUCCAGACCCAGGCCUUGGCCUGGACCCCGAAUCCCAGCCAGACCCUGGCCCGGAUCCUGAAUCCAGUCCAGAUGCUGACCCCGGCCCAAACCCCGACUCCCAUCCCGACCCCGGCCUCCGCCUGGACCCCCACUCCCGUCCAGACCCUGGCCUCGGCCUGGACCCCCACUUCCAUCCAGACCCCAACCCCGGUCUGGACCCGCACUCCCGUCCGGACUCUGACCCGGAUCCGGACCCCGACUCCUGCACGGAUGCUGACCCGGGUCCAGACCCCUAUUCCAGCCCGGAUGCCUACUCCAAUCUGGCCCGCGCCUCCGGCCCCGGCCCCAACUCCAGUUCCAUCCCGGAACCCGCUUUGGAGGAGGCCGCUUUGUCGCCCGACAAGGAUCUUUCGCCCAAGCCGAGCGUGAAGCACUUCCCAUCCGACGCCAGUGGAUUCGGGUCCAAGCAAGAGUCCGUUCUUGUCCACACUCCAUCGGCCACUGAUUUCCUGGGGCUCACCCUUGGCUCCACCUCGAGGGCAGACUCCUCGGCCACGAAGUUGACAGAUUCCACUCCCGAGUUUGUUCCGGUGCCCAUCCUGGGUCCCGACCCGUUCGCCCCCACCUUACCUGAGUCCACCAACACUUUCACUCCCACCAUUGAGAGCUUCCCGAUGGACAGCAAGAUCGUGAUUCGAGUGAUCUACUGGUGA